CGAACCCUUUCAUGCCCUUUGCCUUCCAGCUUCGACCACUGCAAUGAUGCAAGCGAAAGAACCAUACUGCAGAUUGGGCGACACAUCUGACGAAGACCAGGAGCCAGAGCCGUUUGUCAAAAUAGCGCCUGUACUUCGGGAGAACGAUGUGACCAGCGCCCCUCACAGACGCGUGUACAUCUACGUGAAUGUGUUCUCGCUGUCAUCAAUCGAUACGGUCGCGCAGCAGUUCGAUUGUCACUUCUUCAUCCGUGCCAUGUGGAAGGAGCCAGGGACUGAGAGUACCUCUGAAUGGGAGCCGAGCCUUGUUUUCAUGAACGCAGCGUCGCAGGUGGAGUUCACUGAUGUGAAACUUGGUGUAUGCCCAUGGCGUACGGGGCCACGAGGAGAAGAGGUGAUGCAAUGGCGAGCGGACUGUCGAGGAACCUUCAAAGAAGGCUUCGAGUUGGAGCAUUUUCCUUUUGACGUCCAGGCCUUGACCGUUACGGUGAGUUGCAACCGACCUUCCUCAGAGGUCACGCUGCUUGAAGACAAAUACACGGGCACAAAGUCCAUCUUGCGCAACCAAUUCAACGUGAUGACAGACUUCGAUCUUUCGGGCCCCUUCAUGGUAGGGAACAUCGACGAGGAACGGAGAAGAUAUCCCCUGCUUCAUAUUUACUUUAUAGGCCAGAGAUGGUCGGCAUACUUUAUGUGGAACAUUGCCCUACCCAACUUUCUGCUGAGUGUCUUGGUUUUCACCUCCUUCGCGAUCGCUCAAGAAAGUUUGGCUGACCGUUUGAGCGUCACUUUGACCCUUGUCUUGACUUCUGUGGCCUUCAAAUACAUGGUGGCUCAAGAGUUGCCCAAGAUCAGCUACUUGACCUUGCUGGACAAGUACAUCCUGCUGAGUUUCACCUUUUUGGCCCUGGUGGGUGGGCAAAACACCCUGGCUGCGAUCGUGGAGCAGCGUGAGGGUGACUUUCCCAUCGUGGAUGCGUCCAGGUACGCUGUGGUGGUGAUCUUUGUACUGAUCCACGUGAUGCUUACGGCUUUGAGUUUGCACUACAUGUGGCUGGAAUCCAGAAAGCUGGCGAGGUUGAAAGCCGGAAAGCUCGCAAAGUGAAUGCCCUGAGAUCUGAGAGUGUCAAGCAUGUCUAUUGUAACUUGCGGCGCCCCAGAUAAAAUUGGGAGCCAAAAGUCGAAAUUGUCCAAUCUCAGCACAAGGACUCCCGGGAAGCAGCGGUUUGAAGACAGCUUUCCAUGAGCGCCUUUCUUCG